AAUUUGAAAUUGUUUAUAAUACAUGUUCCAGUUGUGUUAUUUUUGUUUGCAAAUCGAAAUUGAGUGUCAGUUUAUGUAGAUAUUGUCAAAGAAUAUUAAUUAUUUUAGUGACAAGCUUAUAAUUUUCUAAUCAAUGAAAAAAAAUAAUUUUCCAAUAGGUAAAUCAAGGUUAGAUAUAUAAGUAAAUUAUAGUAUGAAUCCACCAACCCAAUCAACUAUUGAAGAUGGAAGUGGAAUCCCUGCCCUGUUAAAGAAACUGUGUAACAAUUUUGCUAAAAACAAUGCUGAAGUUUCAUCACACUUGCUUCAAACAGCUUUUAAUUUUUUAAAUGUUUCCUUUUCAAAUAAUUUCUGCCCACUAGACGAGCACUAUGUAAUAACUCAAAUAAGGAAGACUUUGUACUCUGUUAGCCUGGAUCAAGUGCAGAAUUUUGAUUUACUUUAUACUAAGCUUCAAAAAACAUCUAUACUCAAACAUAAAGUUGCUGUACUACACUUUUUAUUGAACAUGUCUAACACAUCUCAUCCUUCCACUUCUUACAUUCAUGAACUGCAUAGCAUACAAAGUCAAAGUACCAGUUUAAAGUCACAAUUUAUAUUUCUUCCUGACGAUGGUAGAUCCAACAUUAAGAGAGUAUAUUCAGGAACAUUAGAUACAAAACCUACACGAUCAAGUUCAGCACAGCUUUGCAAAACUCUUUCAGCAAGUGCUAGUGACAAUCACAUGCAACUUUCUCUUUGGAAGGAUAAAAGUUGUUCCUCUCUUUCAAGUAGAUCGUCUUCAUACACUUAUAUAAAAGAAACAGACUUGAUUCAGGAAGUAAUAUACUCUUUACAAGGUAUCGAGGGUCGUAUCCUUCGUAAGGAACCAGGGGGGGUGGGGUUUGUAAUAGACCCUAAAAUGAUUAAAUGCAUAGGAAUUAUUCAAAGAGGUUUGGUUGAAAGGCUGGCCAAUGUAGGAUUUUUACAUAAUCAAUUAAAAAUGUAUUGUGAUGAUGCAGAUAAACAGAUUGGUGUUAUAGGCCAGGCAUUAAUGGCUGUCUUUAGAGAAGAGUUAAUGGAGUAUUAUAAAAUGGUGGCCAUACUACAAGCACAGUUAAAGGGACAAAAUUAUGCUGAUUCGUCAAAUUUGACUCUUAGAAGAAUGAUAGUGUGGAUUGCCGAUCCUCUAACUAAGCUUCAAUGGCUUGCAUAUAUAGCAGAUCAAUGUAGUGACAAAAAAGGGGGUGCUUUGAUAAGUGCUGUUCAUGGCUUUUUACAACAUGGUUCUGUUAGUGCUCAAAAGAUUUCUGCUAAAGUGUUAUCUGCAGUUUGUAGGCCGUUUUACAUUAUGCUCUGUAAAUGGUUACUAGAUGGAGAAUUAAAUGAUCCAAAUGGAGAAUUUUUUAUUGAGGCACGAAAUAUAACUAAAGCUGAGAGGUUGUGGCAUGAUAAAUAUCAUGUUAAAAAACAAAUGGUUCCCACAUUUAUAAGUAUGGACCAAGCAAAAAAGAUAUUAGCCACUGGUAAAAGCAUAAACUUUUUAAGACAGAUUUGCCAGGAUAAUGAACAGAUUCCUGGUAGAGAGGCUUUGCAAAAGUUAUUUACACAUACCACAGCUGAGGUUUUAUUUGCCCCUGAACAAAGCAUUGAUUUGCAUUCGAACUUAGAAAAUGCUUAUUGUCAAACGUCACUUAGAGUUUUAAAUAUGCUUAAGGACAAAUUUCGACUUAUGGAACAUCUUCAGGCAUUUCGAAGAUAUUUACUUUUAGGUCAAGGUGAUUUUAUAAGACAUCUUCUCGAAUUACUUGCGCCGGAAUUGAGUCGUACUGCUGCGGAACUCUACGGGCAUACUCUCACGGCAAUUUUAGAAUCUGCUAUAAGAACUACAAAUGCGCAGUAUGAGGAAGAAGAUAUUCUUAAGCGUAUAAAUGUCGGUUUUAUGAAUCAUUCUCAUGGUGACUCUGGUUGGGACGUUUUUACUUUGGUAUAUUUCUUAGAUGGUCCCAUGGCGUCCAUUUUCGAACCCGCCAUGGCUGAUUAUAAAGGACUCUUUGGUUCUUUGUGGAAAGCAAAAAGAAUGGAAUUUGUGCUAUCUAAUAUGCGAAAACAACAAAUUUCAAUUGCGAAGUUGUUUAAAAAUAUGAAAGAACUAACGUCGGUAAUGCAUUUAAUUCAUGUUUUAUCCAGUGAAAUGAUUCAUUUCUUACAUCAGACACAAUAUUAUUUCCUCUUUGAAGUACUAGAGUGUUCUUGGGCAGAAAUGUCAAAGCAAGUCGGUCAAGCUGAAUGUUUAGAUGAUGUAAUCAAUGCUCAUUCCACGUUUUUGAAAUCCGUUCAAAGCGGUGUUCUUCUGGAUACGGGAAUUAAUGGACAUUCUGAAUUGAGUUCUCAGUUGAGAAUAAUUUAUAACUUAAUCUUACAUUUGGGAGUCGUUCAGGAUCAUUUAUAUGAAAGAGCCUUGAAAGAGCAUAAUUUAUUUUCUGGAAAGCCACAACGCAAUAGAAAAAUGAAAAAUAAUAUCAAAACCGCUGAAGAUCCCGAACAUAACCAGCGCCUUUCUGAUUUUCGAAUGUUUUUGAAUACUGUGAAGAAGCAAGUGAAACACACCGCACAUUCAUACGCUCAGCAUAUUCAAAUUUAUCUUAAAACGCUCUCCAUGAGUUCAGACUUGAAUUUACAAUUACUUAGUGUUCGGUUAAACUUUAACGAUUACUACAAAGUUUUGUGACAGAACGUAACGCCUUGCUAUAAUAAUAAUAAUAAUCCUAUAAAUAAUAUGAAAAACUGCUUAAAUACUAAUUGGAAUACUGAAUUCCUGUCACAGAAAGACGAUAAGAAUAGUCACACUUCCGUAUAUUCCAUAAGCAGUAACAAUUGUAGUUAUGGCACUAUGAAUUCUUUAAUUACUUUCAAAAAUAAAAAAGAAAAGAAAAAACCAUGAUGUUGUGUUGGAUAAAUAGUUUGUUUAAAUCAUUUUAAUUUUCGAAGAUCAGCUUCCAGUGAGUUUGACUUAUAUGUAAAUGGGCAAGUUACAUAUCAAAAAAUGUUAUCGUGUCAAGUUCGUGAAUUAAUUAAUGGAUGACGUAAAUUAACGUACAAAAGUAUACAGUGUAUUUUUUAUUUGUAACUGCCUGAGUUGUUGAUGUGUGUGAGAACCAUAUAUUUUACGUGCUCUUUAAUUUUGUAUGAGAUUUAGAUCAGUAUUGUAAAAAUGAAACUACUAAAUAAAAGAUCCACUCAUAAAGUCUUUUGCAUUCGCUUUUAUUGUAAAUAUGAGUUGUAUAAUUAAU